AUAUAGUUGUUAUCUUUCUAGAUUUCUAUCCAUUUCAGUGAUCUCUAUCUUUCGUACAUCAUUCCAUAAAAAUAUUUAUUAGUCGAUCGAAUCAUCUCAACGUUAGAUGAGAAACUGUAUAUAAAGGUACAUCGUAACACAGGCCAGGAGUAAUUAAAAUAUUUGUACGAUAUUUAUUUUGUUUUUAUAAUCCUAUGAAGUUACCUUACGAAAGGUAUAUGUGCAAAUGAUGAAUAAAGCAUUCCGGUUAACUGCACUGCAUAAUCAAGCGCGUGCGCACGCACGUGUACAUCCAUGUAUAUGUUUAUACAAGCAGACGUUCGUGCAUGUAGACCACUGGUCUGGAUAUGUAUUGCGUAGAGAUGUAUAGAGGUAGACUUUUCAUUGAACUAGUGAUCUUGCAUGUAGUGUAUAUGUCGGGCCGCGCGAGUCCCUUGUACAUGCCUGUUUUCUAUAUAGAUAAGUGUAUGUGUGUAGCUAUUUUACGUCCGCUUGCACUACGUUGUGCGCCACCCAGCGGAGGUCUCUUCGGCCGCGUUUCUCGCGUAUUCGUGCGAGCUCGUGAGCCUGUUUGUCUGCUUGUGGCUGUCUCUUCGCCUCCUCUAUACGUCUAUAGGUGGAGUGUUUCGCAAUUGAUCAGGUUGAAUUAGACGAAGGCCAUCAUUUAGAAUCAUCCAAGCUUCUGUUAACUUCAGAAGAUCCAGAGAGAUCUGUGGAUCCUGAAACUCAAGCUCGAUUAGAAUCAUUGUUGGAAGUAGCUGGUAUUGAUGAAGCAGCAGCUGCAUUGACUCGUAUGCGCAGCGAUAAUCCACGCACACAAAACGAAAAGCGCUCUCUUGUAGAGGCUUGCACUGACGGGGACGUAGGUACUGUUAGAAAAUUAUUAACAGAAGGACGCAGUGUUCACGAGACUACAGAGGAGGGAGAGAGUUUGCUCUCUCUCGCCUGUUCAGCUGGAUAUUACGAACUUGCUCAGGUACUUUUGGCAAUGAGUGCAAACGUAGAGGAUCGUGGCAUAAAGGGGGAUUGUACCCCUUUAAUGGAGGCUGCCAGUGCAGGGCACGUAGAUGUUGUAAGCUUGCUUAUUGCUCAUGGAGCUGAUGUUAAUGCUCAAUCUACUUCAGGUAAUACACCUCUUAUGUAUGGCUGUGCGGGUGGUCAUGAGGAGGUAGUGCGAGUAUUAUUAGAAGCAGGUGCCAAUGUUGAAGAUCACAAUGAAAAUGGUCAUACACCUUUAAUGGAAGCAGCUAGUGCUGGACAUGUUCCAGUGGCGAAGAUUUUGCUGGAACAUGGCGCUGGAAUUAAUACUCAUUCCAAUGAAUUUAAAGAAUCCGCAUUAACAUUGGCUUGUUAUAAAGGUCAUUUGGAAAUGGUUCGCUUCUUAUUAGAAGCUGGCGCAGAUCAGGAGCACAAAACUGAUGAAAUGCACACUGCCCUUAUGGAAGCAUCAAUGGAUGGUCAUGUAGAAGUAGCUCGUUUACUAUUAGACUCGGGUGCGCAGGUGAAUAUGCCAACGGAUAGUUUCGAAUCUCCAUUAACAUUGGCUGCUUGUGGAGGUCACGUUGAUCUUGCUAUGCUUUUGAUCGAACGAGGAGCUAAUAUCGAAGAAGUAAAUGAUGAAGGUUAUACCCCGCUAAUGGAAGCAGCGCGUGAAGGUCAUGAAGAAAUGGUUGCAUUGCUUUUGAGCCAAGGAGCGAACAUCAAUGCUCAAACUGAGGAAACUCAGGAAACAGCACUUACCUUGGCUUGUUGCGGUGGCUUUUUAGAAGUUGCUGAUUUCCUAAUUAAAGCAGGAGCUGAUAUUGAAUUGGGUGCCUCGACUCCUCUGAUGGAAGCUGCGCAAGAAGGUCAUUUAGAACUCGUUCGUUAUUUACUUGAAUCUGCGGCAGAUGUUCAUGCUCAAACGCAAACGGGAGAUACUGCAUUAACUUAUGCUUGUGAAAAUGGUCAUACCGAUGUUGCGGAUCUCUUACUUCAGUUUGGUGCUAAUUUGGAGCAUCAAUCAGAGGGAGGAAGAACACCGUUGAUGAAGGCAUGUAGAGCUGGCCAUCUGUGUACAGUUCAGUUUCUAAUAACGAAACGUGCAGAUGUUAAUAGGCAAACAUCGAAUAACGAUCAUACUCCCCUCUCACUAGCUUGUGCUGGUGGACACCUUGCGGUUGUAGAACUUUUACUUGCACAGUCUGCUAAUCCGUUUCAUAAACUGAAGGAUAAUUCUACGAUGUUGAUAGAAGCUGCGAAGGGUGGACAUACUAGUGUAGUUCAACUUCUGUUGGAUUACCCUCAUAGUAUUAUGAUGAGUACACCGCAUAAUGCAACACCUACACCUAUGUUGCUUCCACAACAGCAACAACAGCAGCAGCAGCAGCAGCAGCAGCAACAACAACAACAGCAGCAGCAGCAGCAGCAGCAGCAGCAGCAGCAGCAGCAGCAGCAGCAGCAACAGCAGCAGCAUAUUACACAUCAACAACAUGUGCCCCAUCAACAACAUACAUCUACACAACCACAGUCACACCAACAACAGCAACAGCAUGCUACAGAUCAACCGCAAACGCAAACUCUUCAACCUAAACACAACACACAAAAAUCGUUGUUAAGAAAAAAUCGAUCGGUAACCAUGAUGCCCGACAUGAGUCUUACUUCUGCUGAGGCGCAACAAGUCCGUUCUCAGCCCGCAGGAGAAUCAAUUGUAACAACUAAAGAUGAUACCAAUAUUCUGGAUAAAGGUAGUGGAGGAUUUACUAAUCUCUCAGAACCUAACAUCAGCCUUAGCCCUGCUCCAGCGCCAACACCAGGGUUAAAUGUUUCUGACAGCCGAAAGAACACUCGACAAGAGCAAAUUUUACAUAAGCAACAAAUUUUCGAAGAACUACAAAGGGUAGAGAGAGAACUUCAAAUUAAAGGUCCGGGGCACUGGUUCUGUAGUGCAAAGAAUCCUGUUGUAACUCAACAGCAACAACAGCAGCAAGAGGAUUCUAAUGAACAGGAUACACUGUCAUCAGGUUUAGUUUGCAGUACAAGUGGCAUGUCCGGAAAUUCAUUAAGUCAUCAAGGCACCAGCCAGGCGAUGUCAUUAUAUAACGCAUUUCUCAGAGGGAAACGAAUUGCACAAGAAGCUCAGCUAUCUUUAGCUCCAACCAUAUCGGAAACUUUUCCCACGACAAAUGCUUUUCCUACAUCUCCACCUCUUUCCCUUGCAACAAUACCUGUUACAUCGUCUGUUCCAUUAGUUACUUCAAAUACAUCUUCAACAACUACACCAAGUCCUCCAAGCAUAUCCACGCCUCCUACCGUUAUGGCAGUUUCCCAACCCAUUACUGCAAGUAGUGAUGUUAGCCAGAAUACUGCUAUAAGUGAUCGUCCGAAAGCGAAACCUGUCUCUAAAAAAGAAGGUAAAAAUAUCCGGAAAGCUUCGUCUAGUGUAAUGGCUGGAAAAUUACAGCAACAGCAACAACAACAGCAACAAGCUAACUUGAUGGCUGGUCUUCAACAACAAUACCAGCAGAAACAACGACAACAUACUUAUCAAGUUCAACAGGUACAUCAGCUGCAGCAACUUAAUCAACAAUUACAAUUACAGUUAGAUCAAGUACAGGUACAGCAACAACAACAGCAAUCACAACAGCAAGUUCAACAGCAGCACCAACAACAACAGUCGCAGUCACAGCAACAGACUGGUGUAGUAACUGCUAAUGGAAAUAACAUACUUAUGCCAACUCAAUUAAUGUCACAUCUUCAUCCUACGCAUACCCAUCAUCUUCAUGAUCAGCAAACAACUCAACAAAAUCUAACGGAGCAGGCAGAUCCUGAAUUAGCAAGAUUACAUCGGGAUGGAGCUUGUCCCUUUGUUGCUGCUGCUCAAAAGGCAAAAGCUCUUUGUACAAGUGAAAGUGUUAUAAAAUUAGAGGAUGGCACGCAUAUUCCUUUGGAUGAUGCUUUUGAAAUUUUUCGAUCUAUUAGCUUUGACGAUACUGUUGAUGCUACAGAAGAUCAAGAAAAACUUGAAUUAAAAAGAUUAGAAGUGACAAAUGGCAAAGAUUCUCAACAGCCGCAACAACAACAACAGCAGCAGCAACAACAACAGCAACAGCAGCAGCAACAGCAGCAGCAGCAACAUUUACAAACCACACAAAUAGUUCAACAAGCAACUACCCCUUAUACUUCUCAAGAGUAUUUUACUAAUCCUGUGUUACCAACUUUGCCUUCGCUUCAAGUAACUAGUGCUGGUGUUCAAAUACAAGCUGAUAUAUCAGCAGGUUUACAAUUAACUGGUACGCAAUCUCUACAGAACCAAUCAUUUAAAGAAGGAUAUCUCGAGAGUUUUCGAGCCCAUUUUCAACCACAAUUGUUACUACAAUCCUCUCAGAUAACAUUUCCUACACAAGCUUUGCCAACUGUAAGUGAAGCAACAGGAAUAAUAGACAGUAUAUCCCAUCAAACGAAUAGUUAUGUUCAGUCAACAGCCUGUAGUACUAAUCAAGUUCAGGUGGCUACUCAAACUCAAGCACCAGCAACAACAACCGCAGCAACUAUCGUUGCUUCAGAUAAAAAACAAGUUUAUACAGCUCCAACGACCGGUAAAGGAAAAAAGGGAAGAUAUCCACUUUUGUCUCAACAACCAUCGUGUCAACAACAAACUGCCAAUACCCAACAGCAGACCCCUAAUUUUCCCAGUCAAAAUUAUCAAUUGGACCCAACAACAGUUGCUAGUCAAUAUACAACAGGUGUUCCAACGGUUGGUGGUUACCCUACUAGUCAAGUACCGCCUACACCAUUCUCUUGUAUGGACGUGGAUUCUGAAACCGACAGUAAUCAUGAUACAGCUUUGACAUUGGCAUGUGCCGGCGGUCAUGAAGAGCUUGUUGAACUUUUGUUAAGUCGUGGUGCAGAUAUAGAGCAUAGAGAUAAAAAAGGAUUUACUCCACUUAUAUUGGCAGCAACAGCAGGUCAUCAAAAAGUAGUAGAGAUUCUUUUGAACCAUGGAGCUGAUAUAGAAGCUCAAUCUGAACGCACCAAGGAUACACCUUUGUCUCUUGCCUGCAGUGGUGGUAGAUAUGAAGUGGUAGAGCUUCUCCUUAAUCGGGGUGCUAAUAAGGAACAUCGUAAUGUUUCUGAUUACACACCUUUGAGCCUUGCAGCAUCCGGUGGAUACGUUAAUAUAAUAAAGCUUCUCCUUAGUCAUGGUGCUGAAAUUAAUUCUCGUACUGGCUCCAAAUUAGGUAUUUCUCCACUUAUGCUUGCAGCUAUGAAUGGUCAUGUUGCGGCGGUGAAAUUAUUAUUAGACAUGGGCAGUGAUAUAAAUGCUCAAAUAGAGACUAAUCGUAAUACUGCGCUCACGUUGGCAUGUUUUCAAGGAAGACACGAGGUUGUUAGUCUUCUUCUCGAUCGAAAAGCUAACGUAGAACAUCGAGCUAAGACUGGUUUAACACCAUUAAUGGAAGCGGCUAGUGGAGGAUACGUCGAAGUUGGACGUGUUUUACUUACAAAAGGAGCGGAUGUUAAUGCUACUCCUGUUCCAUCAUCUCGCGAUACUGCCCUCACCAUUGCUGCUGAUAAAGGACACUGCCGUUUUGUAGAAUUAUUAUUGUCAAGAGGAACACAAGUAGAAGUGAAAAACAAGAAAGGAAAUAGUCCAUUAUGGUUAGCGGCGAAUGGUGGGCAUUUGAAUGUUGUUGAUUUAUUGUAUCACGCUGGAGCAGAUAUCGAUUCGCAAGACAAUCGGAAGGUUUCUUGUUUAAUGGCCGCUUUUCGUAAGGGACAUAUUAAAGUUGUUAAAUGGAUGGUAAAUCACGUUACCCAAUUUCCAAGUGAUCAAGAAAUGACGAGGUAUAUAGCUACCAUCAAUGACAAGGAUCUUUUAGAAAAAUGUCAGGAAUGUGUCAAAGUUAUUCGAGCAGCAAAAGAGACUCAAGCAGCGAAAGCAAACAAAAACGCAACGAUUUUAUUGGAAGAACUUGAUAUGGAAAAAACGAGAGAGGAAUCGAAAAAAGCUGCGGCUGCUCGUAGAAGAGAACGAAAGAAAAAAAAGAAGCUUGAAAAGAAAGAGGAGAAACGAAAAUUGCAUGAAGAAUAUAAGAAGAAUGAAACAACCUACGAAGAUAAAGAGGAAAAUGGCAAAAAAUCCGGAGACGAGGAAUGCGAUAGAGCGGAUGAUAGUGAACAUGAGACCGGUGACAGUUGUGAAAGAAUGGACAGUAUGCCAUCGCCAGUUAACAGAAGUCCAGAAGAUCCUUAUCGAGAGGAAGGCGAUAGCGGAAUCGAUGCAAAUAGUCAAGGCAGCUGUAGUAGUAACGACGUUAAAGCUAGGGAGAAAAAAAAAGAGAAAAAGAAAAAGAAGACUAAUAGUCCAACCAACAAUGAAAAAGACACGUCUCCUCAAAGAUCUCCAAAGUCUGUUGUUACGCAAGGCACUACUUUGUCGCAAAAUUCUAUUACACCUACAAAAUCCCAAAAUAAUACAACCGAAAAAAGAAUUAUGACCAGUGUUUCUAAUACGGUAUCCGUAUCCACAACUUCUGCUACAAUGAGUUCUAGGUCUUCGACUGUGACCUGUGGUGAACGCAAGUUGAAAGGUCAACUGGUAUUUGAAUCAUCGAGACAUCCUGCCGAUAGAGAAGACUUCGAAGCAACCGGCAAUGAGACGUAUAUGCCUGGUAAGGGCAAGAAAUCUUAUAAUAAUCAGUAUGAUGGCGACGCCUUGAAUACUUCCACAAAGAUAAGCAACACAACCAGUCCUAAGCAAGGUGGCAAGCGCGAAGAAGGCUGGAAAGAGGUUGUACGAAAGGGACAGUCUGAUGAUUCCGGAAGAUUUAUGAAUUCGCCAUUCCGUUCGAAAAAAGUAUCUGUUCCACCAAAUGCUAUUAGUCGAGUUAUUGGAAGAGGUGGAAGUAAUAUAAAUGCUAUUAGAGGUGCAACAGGAGCACACAUUGAAGUUGAAAAACAAAGCAAAUGUCAGGGCGAACGAAUUAUUACCAUUAAAGGCUCGUCCGAUGCAACAAAACAGGCUCAUACAUUAAUAGCCGCUCUUAUUAAAGAUCCAGAUGUUGAUAUAUUGCAAAUGCUUCCAAAAUCGAAACUCACAGUGGUUACGACUUCUUCUUGGGAUAAAACUGUAUCUACUGUAGCUUCGAGUAAAGCAAAGUUGGGUCCUGUAAAUAAACCUCCAAGUCUAACAUCUAGUUCCAGUAGUGCGCAAAUUAAUAAAUCUAGUUACACAUCCGGAGUUUCUACAGUUAAUCAAUUGAUUCCACUUCGAUCAUCAUCCACCAUUAAACUCGCUGGACCAUUUCCGACACCUUUACCACGCGCGACAGCACCCCGACUUGUGGCUGCAGCUGAAAAGCGAGCACAAGCUGUAGCCGCCCAAAUGGCUUCUUCAUCGAACACGAAGACAACAAUGUCAUAUACGAGUGCAAUUAUGACUGCUGGACGAGCAACAAAGAUUGUAACGACGAGUACCACACAAACGUUUGCAGCGAAAUUAUCUGAAAUCACUGCCUCAACGCAUACAUCUACUACCGUCAUGCAGUCGACUCAUACUACGGUAAACAAGCAAAAAUCGUUGCAAGCAAAUACGGUGACUGUUGUAUCAGCUACAGCCGCGGCAAUGGCUCAGACUUCGUCUCAACAGUCUGCAAUCAAUACAUCGCCAAAACACUGCCGACCACUGCCUACUUUAUCUGCUCCGCCAACUAUGGUCUCCCAUUAUUCCGGAAAGUCUACUUAUUCUCCCGGCUCCAACGCGGCAGUAUCACCGGCAACGAGCACUGUGGUUGCAUACUGCUCAGAAAGUACUGUUACUUCAACUUGUUCAAACUCCUCGAUACGAGUCAGUCCGUCGCCUCCGAUAUCAUCGCAGUGUCAACAACAAUUACAACAGCAAUCACGUAGUCCACCACCUGUUGCGUCGGUAAUUCAAGAGCAACAGCAGCAGCAACAGCAGCAACAGCAGCAGCAGCAGCAACAACAACAACAGCAGCAGCAGCAGCAGCAGCAGCAGCAGCAACAACAGCAACAGCAGCAGCAGCAGCAGCAGCAGCAGCAACAACAGCAGCAGACAAAUAACACGCCUCUCGAAUAUUCGCUGUUCAACGACACCUUUACGAAAGUUACACAACAAUCGAUGUGGGGUGGUCGGGAAAAUGAAUCUCAAAAGGGUAUGAAUUUCGCGACCGUAGCUGGAGGUGGUGGAGUGUCAGUAAACAUUUCGGGUUCGUCAUCGUCUAAAUUCAUCGACAGUGUACCUCCUCAGGUGGAUGCUUCGAAAGCUCCUGGAUACCGAGGGACAACUAUGUGUUCUCCCGUUUCGAGUAAAUCUAAUAAUACAACCAACACGAACGCGACUAGCAUAGGAAGUGGUGGUGUAUCGUCGAAUGCCAGCCAUAAUCCUAUUCAACUACCGCAGUUUCAAUCGUCCGGAAAUUACAGUGAACAUCCUCUUUCAAACAAACCACCAGGUAGCUUGGCUGUAGCACGACCGGUGAUUCCUCAACAGAAUAUAGAAAUGGGAGCAGCUAUGGGAGCUCAAUUCAGUAGGCCAGUAUUUCAAGGGGAAUUGACGGGAACUCGUAAUUCGACGACCCAUCAGCCGCACGUGAUAGUUUCUACAUCGCAGCCAACGUUGGACGUUAGUUUAUUUAAAGCGAACAGCAUUGGCUAUGAGCAUCCGAACGUAAAUUCAAGCUUACUAAAGAUGGUGCCGAAUGAAGGGCAGGGCCAUCCGCUUUUACCUUUUCAUCCGCAUAUGCAGAAUUUCACGCAAACAAUAGCACCAUCUGCUUCAGUGAACACCACCGUCAGUAUGUCCAGAUUAAACCCCAGAGCGCCUGAUUUUUCUAGUUCGUUACAUUUGAAUAGCAAGCCUCAAGUGACAAUGUUUAACGCGGGUUCGGCAGCGGGGAUGCAUCCGAACAUGUUCGCCACUGUACCGCCACCUCCUCCGUCCGCGAUCCAGUCCAACAACCUAGCAAUGCUUGGGAAUUUUCCUUUAGGAAAAUAUCAGGCACCAUCUCGAGCCACUCCCGGCAAUACUGGAAUCUCAACUAACGGGCAGACACGUUGGCCGUUCGCUCCGCCGCACAAUAACUACCCGCCCCAUCAAGAUCCAAUGAUAGGCCAGAUUGGCUUCUCCAAUCACUUGGCGAACAUAACCGCACAACCUGGAAGCAUCGAUUUGAUAACAAGUCUCGAGAAUGGCGGUUCACCUGCUAUAUCACCCUCUUCACCGGCACAAGUGGCGCAGGAGAUGAAUCAGCUUAAAAUCGAAGAUCGUAAAGUACCGCGACCGAUCGGUACGGAAAGAGCUUGGAAGAAUUACGCAACAGCUGGCAUGGGACCUGGUGGUGAUGCCGAUUCCAUCAAUUGGAUGUUAAAUAACGAAAAACUCGUCGGGUCUUGGGCAAGUUUAGCACCAGGCAUAGAUCGACAUCAAAUGUUUCGAUCUAAUGCUACUUACAAUCGUAUAUCAAACGUUGAUGCCGAACUUCAUCACAUGAUGGAAUCUUCAUUUCAGGGUCAUGUUGAUACUCAGCAACAACCUUUUCCUAACGGGAACGCGACCACUUUGCCUCUUAUCCCAGGAUUAACAUUAUUACCGGGACAAUUUGGAACACCUACAUUGACAGAAAUUCCUCCGAAUGAAGCAAAUAAAAUAGAUGCACCAGCAUGGGGAAUACCAGAUACUGUGCAAGACAAGCAACAUCCGGCGUGGAAUAAAUGGACUCAUUAAAAAGAGAGAAAAGAAAAAAACAGAAAGAGGAAGAAAUUCUUACCUGGAUGAUAUAAAAUAAAACCUGGAAUUCGAAGUAGUAAAUAGAUGUAACUGGAAUAUGAAGCAUUGUUUUUAGAUACUUGAAUUGCAUUACUAUCCUAAUUGUAUCCAUUACAACACAGAUUCGAAUAUUAUUUGUCAUGUUAGAUAAUAAGGCGGAUAAAUCCUUAUAACUUAUUACUGUUUGUCUAGUAUAAUCAUGCAAUACAAGCAAUUAUUGAAUACGAUAUGGAAAAUGUUAAAGAAAAAAAAUGAAGAAAAAGAUAGCCAAAUGAAAUCGAAACAGAACAAAAAGAUGUUUGUUACUUGUUUCUAAUUUCGUUUCUAAUCGUAAUUCGACCACGCUACUUCUGCACUCCAGGAUCAUUCUCAAAUUUUUGUCACGAUCGAGAGAUAUCGAGAACAAUUUACGAUCUUCCUGCUGAUCGUUACUGCGUGGUGGAUCGAUUUGUCCAAGUUACGAGAUUCUCAAACUUUACAAUAUUUGAUAGACAUUCGUCAUAAUAAAUUCAGAUACGCAUACGAUAAUUACAUCAGCUUUCGCUUCACCCGUAGCAGUUCUCGAAUUAAAACCUUCUAUCCUUUUCUGUUCCUUGAAUUUCAUGUAUCGAAUUAAGAAAAAAAAAAAAAAAAAAAAGCUUCAUUUCAAGUGUCCUACAUGCGUGCGAAAAUAAAGGCUUCGAUUUGCCACAAGGAUAGCUGAAUAAUAAUUAUGUUAAUUAAAUGAUACAUAUUAAUAACAAUAAUAAUAUUAUUAUUGUCGUAUCAAAA